CCAGUAGAUUCACAGAAUCUGACAGUAAAGGUUCCGACUUUUGGCAUUUUCCUCUCUUUGAAAAUCAAGGAGAUCCAAUGUUCCACCAGACUGCUGGAACUAGACGGAAAUGACCCACGUUGAAAAGUACAGUUAAAAACAACCAGUGUUCCACCAUAGCAUAUCUCCAUUGUUUUCUUAACAGUUGGCAUGGCCUCCCAUCACUGAUCGCACCGAAGCUCAAAUUUUUCUUCCAACUCUUUAGCCUUUCCAUUGUCUUUAGUCCACCUCAAUAUAUAUAGUAGCCCCACCAUCCGCCAUCAUGAUCAUGUGUUGUUGAACAGCUGAAGGCCAGCUACCUCCAAAGAUUCCUUGUAACUUUUUGGAGAAAUCUUUGGUUGGCAAAUUAAGCAGCAGAGUGAUUCAGAGUGAAAAACUCUUUUUGUUGUACCUUGUACGUAGUUGUGGGGUGUCCCAGAUUUGUUGUCUUGUCACGUCAGUUGUGAAUUUACUUGGAUUCUGUGAACAUUCCUUGGUUGGUUACUUUUCCAUCAGAAAGAUUUCUAUCAAGUAGUUUGAAGAUGUAUGUAGUGGAGAGCAAAGGAGGGGCUAUAGCAUGUAUGCUGCUUGCUCUAUUUUUCUUGGGCACAUGGCCUGCCAUUUUGACUCUUUUGGAAAGGCGUGGUCGUCUUCCUCAGCACACCUAUCUUGACUACACAAUCACCAAUCUGUUGGCUGCUGUCAUCAUUGCUUUUACCUUUGGUGAAAUUGGAAAAAGCACACAUGAAAAGCCAAAUUUCAUUGAGCAACUAACUCAGGAUAAUUGGCCUAGUGUUCUGUUUGCAAUGGCUGGUGGGAUAGUUCUUAGUCUUGGGAACCUGGCAACGCAAUAUGCCUGGGCGUUUGUUGGUUUAUCAGUGACAGAGGUGAUCACUUCUAGCAUGACUGUUGUUAUAGGCACAACACUUAAUUACUUUCUAGAUGACAAAAUUAACAAGGCACAAAUUCUUUUCCCUGGUGUUGGAUGCUUCUUGAUUGCUGUUUGUUUGGGCUCCGCUGUGCAUGCAUCCAAUGCUGCUGACAACAGAACAAAGCUAAGCAGUUAUUCACAUGAUUACAAAAAUGGGGAAGGGACCAAGAGUAUAUCCACGUCCAAUGAGGCAUCUUUGGAAAUGGUUUGGAAAGGUGACUUGGAGAAUGGAGUUGGUACUGCAGAAAAGGCAAAGUUUGGCACAGCACAUUUUCUUAUAGAGCUUGAAAAAAAAAGGUCCAUUAAGGUGUUUGGAAAGAGCACUGUUCUUGGUUUGGGCAUAACUUUCUUUGCUGGAGUUUGCUUCUCUCUUUUUUCACCAGCAUUCAACCUGGCAACCAAUGAUCAGUGGCACAAAUUAAAACAUGGGGUUCCCCACUUGAGUGUCUAUACUGCAUUCUUUUACUUCUCAGUCUCUUGCUUUAUCGUUGCGCUUAUUCUAAACAUCACCUUCCUGUUUCACCCUGUACUCAAUACGCCAAAAUCAUCAAUUAAAGCCUAUCUAUUGGAUUGGAAUGGUAGAGGGUGGGCCUUUUUGGCAGGAUUUUUAUGUGGCUUUGGAAAUGGCCUCCAAUUUAUGGGAGGACAAGCAGCUGGAUAUGCUGCUGCAGACGCUGUUCAGGCACUUCCGCUUGUGAGUACCUUUUGGGGUAUAGUUAUAUUUGGAGAAUACAGAAGAUCAUCGAGAAGAACAUACUUGUGUCUUGGCAGUAUGUUGUUUAUGUUCAUUGUGGCUGUUGCUGUCCUCAUGGCUUCUUCAGGGCAUCGUAAAUAGUUGUGAAGAUGGUUGAAUGAAGAUGUGCAGUUUUCAACUAGAUUUAAGCAACUUCUGCUGAGAAUACUCCACCAAGUCUUUAUCCAGACUUUUGGUAAAGAUGUAUAUAUUAUUUUGGAAUUCAGGAGGGAGAUCAGAGGGUAUUGUAAUUUGUAACACCUGAUUAAGCACUUCCUCAGUGCUUUACAGGAGAAAUAUUUUACUAGUUAUUCUUUGGCAAAAUGUUCCAGAAGAUUUGGGUAGAGAAGUACAAGAAGGGAUGAUGAAGGAAAUGACUACCAGUCAACUUCUCAUCACACAUUUCAUCGCACGCCAUAGCUUCUUAUUUGUACAAUGAACCAAUUGUAACCAAAUAUUAUUGUUUCAUAUUACAAUGUC